AUGGGACCGGUGUCAAGAUGGACGAAACUGGAACAAGGGCGACGGGGAUUGACCGAAGCUUUGACCUCGAUGAACAACGAUACUUAUGUGAUCGGGCCUGGUCUUGGUUGGGGAAAAGUGUCCAUCAAGAAGGGCGACAGAACGUCCAAUCCAUUUCCCCCUCUGUCUCUGGCGACAUUCCCGCCCCUGGUUUUUGUAAUCGUGACGUCGGCGCUCGAAAAGAACCAAUCAGACAUUCAUAGGUUUUUGCUAAGCGGCGCUUCAACUCCAACCGCGUGCUCAUGGAAAGGAAGCGAAAGCCCAAAAACUCCAUUGAUUCCGCCGAGUGUCGGGAGGCCCUUCCUCAUUGCAUGGUCGGUGUCAAAGGCGCUGAAAGAUGGCAGAGUUCGAUCACUUGGAGUCGACGAUAGGACCGACGAGUCCACCGUCACUAACACUAAAUCCAUCAACGGCUCCCUUUAUGCUCCCACCCACGUUUUCUACCCGUUCGUUCGCUGUAUAGCUCAAGAUUACGGGCGAUUAUCGUUUUGCGCUGCCUUUCUGCCGAUGGACUACGGGAAUGGCCACCAUUAG